AUGGUAGCCAAAGUUGGUGCAAAAACAAUUCACUAUGGUACGGUAAUCAUGCCGUCUGUUGUUAAAGAUAUUCUUGGAACUUUACCAACGAAAGAAUUUCUUGUUUCUCCUCCAACAGUAUUGUCUACGCAGCAGAAGCAGAAAUUAUCAUACCUUGCAAAAAACAUAGCAAAUGUGGAGGAUGGUCGAUACCCAUCAGUUUCAGCCAUUCUGGGAUGUACAACUUCACAGCGUUUGCUCUAUCAGUGGCAAUUAAAAAUGAUCAAACAGUUGGGUGGUAUAGGUGCCUUCAAGAAAUAUGUGAGAGUACGAAUGCAGUCAGGCACGCAAUAUCACAGCUGCAUACAAAAAAUUUUGGAAGAGCUUCGAAAGCGAGGAAGUUUUCCUGAUGAUGUUGCUGAUCAAAUAACUUCCGAAGUCGACAGUUCUGUUGCAAGCUAUUUAACUAGUGUACUACCUGUUUUGCGCACACUUGGCGACAAAAACAUGGAGCUAGAAAGACCCACUAGACAUCAUGGUCUUUGCUAUAGCGGACGAUUUGAUGCUGCUGUUACCUAUAAAGAUGCUCUGUUUUUGAUGGAUUGGAAAACGGCUUCAUCAGGUUCAUCGAAAGAUACCUGCACGGGGAUUGAAAAAAUGUACAAUGAUCCAAUGCAAUUAGCCGCGUAUGUUGGCGCUGUUAAUUCAGAUCCAAAUUUCAGGAUGCUGCCGGAAGGUCUCUUUAGCAAUUGGGGCUUUCUAUUCUUCACUAAUCCAUCGUUAGUAUCAGCAAAACGAAGCUUCCUGUUGGGUCAUAUAGUAUUACCGCAUGUUGAGAAGUAA